AUGACAAUAUCAGUAAAGAUAUCGAAGAAAAAGUACACUGUGGAAGAGGUUGCAGAUAUUUUAUAUGAAAGCUCUGAAGAGGAAGAUUUUAGCCCAUCUGAGAGUAGCUACAAACCAGCGCCAAACUCUGGGAACAGCAAAGCAGAUGGAGAUAAUACUUAUGAAGGUGAGAGUGAUGCUUUCUAUUCCGAAUCAGACGAAGAAUAUGCUGCCGAUGACAUAAAUUCGAGUGUGGAUGAGGAAGAAGAAUUAUGCGACAAACCUGAUAAUGCUCCAAAAGAUUACUAUAUUUCCGAAGUCGUUUCAUGUAUGAAAGAAAAAUUCAUGCGAAUACGAAGUGAUAGUCCUUUUCAAUCAUUCGAUGAAUGUAUAGCAAAAUUCAAAGCCAUUGGCCUCUCUUCUUAUUUAAAUGAUCCGAUGCUACUUUCUGAGCUACUUCGCAAAUUACCAAGCGACUUGAAGUUAGAGUGGGGUAGAUAUAGGGUUUCUUUGCUCCAUGCUGACAUAAGUGAGUUCGACUAUUGGCUUUUCAAAUUGGCGACGUGCGCUAGUCAAGUCGUCUCCGUAAGUAGUUCCGCCGAUGAAGUCAAAGUUAACAAUAAUCAAUUUAAGAAAAGGGUGCUCGUGCACGGCGUAGUUCACACCAACAGUGCCACAAGCUCUCAACCUUAUUGCCUUCAGUGCAGUGGUGAUCAUCGACUCGAGAAAUGCAAACAGUUUUGCGAUUUGUCUACCAACGAUAGGUGGUGCUUUGUUCGCGACAAUAAGCUAUGCAUCAGAUGCUUCCGCAAACAUUUCCUGAAGAACUGCCCAUUGCAUAGCCGUUGUGGUAUUGAUGGUUGCACAAAGCCUCACCAUGUUCUGCUCCAUUCAAAUAAUUCGGUCAAUCCAAACCAUAAAGCAGCUGUGAUGUUACAUAAGGAAGAGCACGCGACAAAGACAUUGUUGCGUUACGUUCCAGUAAUACUCUAUGGAAAAUCCAAGUGCAUAAAGACGUAUGCGUUAAUAGACGAGGGAUCCACAUGUACACUCUUGGAGAAACACAUUGCUGAAGAGCUUGGUUUGGAUGGCCCAUCAGAUGAGCUGUGUCUCAGGUGGACGGGUGAUGUAACACAGGUAGAGCCUAAAUCAAAAUGUGUUACUAUCGGGCUCUCUUCUACACAUGAAACGUCGCCUCGGUUUAAUCUUCGGAAUAUACGCACAGUAGCUAGUCUUGAUCUUCCAAAGCAGUCGUUGUUACAAGAAGUACUCUCGUCGCACAGUCAUUUGCACAAUUUGCCUAUCGAACCAUAUGCUAGGGUGCGCGCUACACUGCUUCUUGGCGUCGACAAUGCAAAGCUCGGUGUUCCCCUCAAAGUGAAGGAAAUAGAAGGAGAUCAGCUCAUCGCAACUAAAUGUCGACUUGGUUGGUCAGUAUAUGGCCGUGGAGAGGAAGCUAAUGCCCUUUCAAAUUGGGUGAUGCACAUCUGCUCCUGUGUGUCAACUGAACGCAUGGAUGAAAUGUUAAAGGCUAAUUACGCGUUAGAGGCAGGUGGUAUUAGCAUGAAAGAUGAACCACUGAAAUCCAAAGCAGAUGAACGGGCUCUCGCCAUUAUGAAAUCGACUACAAAGUACUUGGAAAAUGAAAAGCGUUGGGAAACGGGUUUAUUGUGGAAAUUCGAUAAAAUCGAUUUACCAAAUUCGUAUUCCAUGGCAUUGCAACGCCUCAGUUGUUUGGAAAAACGCAUGACCCGGGACCCACUCUUACGGAAUUUUCUCAACAAACAAAUUCGUGAGUAUGAAGAUAAAGAAUAUAUUCGGAAAUUGACAAAAGAUGAGAUAUCUCAUGGGAAAAGGUCAUGGUUCAUUCCAAUUUUCACCGUAACGAAUAAAAAUAAAAACAAGACAAGGCUCUUUUGGGAUGCCGCUGCCACCGUCGACGGUAUCGCUGUCAACACCUAUUUAAUGAAAGGGCCCGACCUUCUGCCGUCUCUGGUUGGAAUACUUAUACGAUUUCGUGAGCGAGCUUUUGCAAUCACAGGAGACAUUCGCGAGAUGUUCCAUCAAAUUCGAGUGCGCGGCAAAGACCAAACCGCACAGCAGUUUUUGUGGCGACAUGGGAAUAGCUCUAGAGAUCCUGAUACUUACGCACUAACGGUGAUGACUUUUGGUGCUGCUUGUUCUCCAUCAUUGGCAAAUUUCAUCAAAAACAAAAAUGCUUCGCGUUUCAUCAACGAAAACGCUAGUGCGGUUGGGGCAAUUCAUCGGAACAUGUACGUGGACGACUGGCUGCAGAGCGUAGAUACGGAGAAAGAAUUGAUCGAUUUGGCGUUGCAAGUCAAGCAUAUACACGGUGAAGGUGGCUUCGAGAUGCGCAACUGGCUGUCAAACUCUACCAAUGCACUGCAUGCAAUUUCCAGGACGGCAAAGCAAUCGGGUAAGCUCCUCCAAGAUCCUUCUAUGACAUACGAAAAAGUUCUGGGCAUAUGGUGGCUGCCUUGGUCGGACGAGCAAACUUUCUUCGCAAAAUUUGAUGCAUCCAUUUGCGGUAACAACUCAUCUGUAACAAAAAGGAGCGUUCUUCGGGUAAUUAUGUCUGUUUAUGAUCCCCUUGGCUUAAUUGGGUUUUUUAUGAUUCAAGCAAAAAUCAUAAUGCAAAAUAUUUGGCGAUCUGGUGUCACCUGGGAUGCACCUGUGCAAAAAGACGAGCACGAAGCAUGGCAGUCAUGGGUUCGAUUGUUACCACGAAUACACGACGUACGUAUACCACGCUGUUACCCCUUAGCCAGCUUCACUCACGACGUUCAGCUCCAUAUAUUCUGCGACGCGAGUAGUGUAGCGUAUGCGGCAGCUGCUUAUCUAAGAGCCACCGUCAGUGGUAAGGUGAAAUGUUGUUUAGUGGCCUCGAAGUCGCGAGUAGCGCCACUGAAACCAGUUUCUAUACCGCGGUUAGAACUGAUGGGUGCCAUUUUGGGCUUGCGACUCGCAAAAUUUAUUAGAAAUGAAUUAACCUUGCCUAUCAGCGAGGAGGUGUACUGGACCGAUUCAAAGAACGUUCUUCACUGGAUCCGAUCAGACACUCGAAAGUUCAGUGAAUUUGUUGGCGUAAGAAUCGGAGAAAUUUUGGAGUCAUCUAGCAUCAAUAACUGGAGGUGGGUGCCUCAGUGGUCGAAGUUGGAUGGAGAAUUGCGUUGGUUCCAAGGUCCUCAAUUCUUGACUUUGCCUUCCUGGGAGUGGCCAGAGACGAUUUUAGUGAACUCUGCAGAACAUGAGUUAGUUCAUCACAUCGAGCUUAAUACAACACUUAGCUUCACAUCUUUUACGGAAGUUGUACCUCAUGUGUCGAGGUGGGUGCCUCAGUGGUUGAAGUUGGAUGGAGAAUUGCGUUGGUUCCAAGGUCCUCAAUUCUUGACUUUGCCUUCCUGGGAGUGGCCAGAGACGAUUUUAGUGAACUCUGCAGAACAUGAGUUAGUUCAUCACAUCGUGCUUAAUACAACACUUAGCUUCACAUCUUUUACGGAAGUUGUACCUCAUGUGUCGAGGUUCAGUAAGUGGGAGAAGCUGCGUGGUGCAACAAGAUACGCUUUGCGGUUCCUUCGGUUAGUAAGCAGGAGACCUGCUAAAUCAGAGUUCGUUCAGAUGAUAUUGCAGAACACCACAGUAAACAGCGCCGAAAUUUUAAUUGUUCUUAUGUGCCAGAGUGAGACCUUCGGAUAUGAAAUUAAAUGUCUACAUCAAGGCCAGCUGAUUUCCGCAGACGAAGCGCAAAAUAUUGAAACAGCCGACGUUUCAACAGUACCCAAGAUACCUUAUGUUUUCCAUGGUCAGGUCGUGGACGUAUUCUAG